CUCACUUCAUCCAGACAAAAGAGGACGAGUGGUUCUCGGUGACGCGCACUUAGCUCGAGCAUCAGAGCGCACUGGAUUGAUCCAACGCGCAGGAACGCACCGGCACAGAGACAAGCACGCCCUCCAGAUCCACCUGAGUCCUCCGCGCCGCCUAAUUGUCCUUUCUGAAGGGCGAGAAGAGGGAGAGUGAGCCCCGAUUUUCACCGAAACCAGAACACCGUGUUCCCAUGAUGUCAUACCUGUGGAUUCUGCUAUUAGGAAGCCUGCUGGCCUCACACGCCAAGGCACAAGAUGAAAACCCAGCAGACGUUCCUGAAGAUCCAGCUGUCAGCGAAGAUGAGGGCACGAGUGAAGAAACAUCAGAGAUUCCGCAAUUGCCAGCAUCUGAGUCUACAACUGAACCGGAUCCAAAUGAGACUACAGCAGACAGUGACGACCCUGCAGCAAAUGGAGAUGCAGAAACAACAACUCCUGCAUCUGAGGUUCUGGAACAAACUACUGCUGCAGAGGAAGGUGUGGACCAAACCCCCACUGCAGAGGUAGAUGCAGACGAAACUCCCGCUGCAGAGGCCGAGACAGACCAAACUCCCAUGGAAACUACAGAAACUCCUGUUGAUGAAGAUGCACAAACAGAAGCGCCUACAACGGACCUUGAGGGUGAAGUGCUAGCAACAACAGAAGGGCCAGAUGUUGUUCCAGAGUUUAGCGAUCCUGAGGGUGAUGCAGAGGAGACGCUCGGUGCAACACCUGCUGACGAUGAGGGUACCACUGUGGAAGACAGUCAACCAACCGAUCCAGCGGCUGAUGAAAAGCCAACUGAUCCAGUGGUGGACGAAGGAAUUGUGGCAAAGGGCAGAGGGUUUGACUUGGGAGAUGCCUUAGAAGAUGACACUCAAGCAGACAACAAACCCCAUUCAGGAAAGAUCGAUGCUGCUGCCACCUCAGGAAAUGGUGAGUCUGAGACCAAAGAGGGCAGCUCUAGCCCCUUAGCUGCUGUCGUCACUUCAAUUGUUGUGGCUGCGGUCGGAGCAGUCGCUGGAUACUUCACCUACCAGAAGAAGAAGCUGUGCUUCAAAAACAGACAGGAAGCAGAUCCAGAGGCUCCACACAAAGCUGAUGCUACAGAGGCUCAGGCAGAUCCACAGGCCUCCAAGACUCUGCUAGAACAGCAAUGAUCACCUGCCUGGACCUACUCCAGUCAAGCAAAGUGGCAGUCUCACUGUUAGGCUUUCUCCGUGGAGCUGAUUUACUGUGAGGACCCAGAGUAGGGGUGUGUGUUUCGGACUGAUUAUAUGUGUGUUCAUUCUUGUGUGUGGACAUGUUUGAGGGAAAAGCAUUAGAAAAAGAUCAAGUAUAUGGACUUCAACAAUUGUUGCAACAUAGAAAUGUAUUAAAAUCACCGGACAAAUUUUAUGCGUUAAACCAAAUCCAACUUUUUUUAAGACAGCGACCGUCGAAGAGAUUAAAUCUCCUUUUAACCGUUAACCAUAAAAAAGCUUUUGAUUAUACAUCCCCUUUUUAUAUUACUUAUAUGGUUACUCUCCUGCAAUUCAAUGUGAAUAGAAACUCAGAUAUUGAUGUGGUAGGUGUGAAGUGAAUUUUUACAAGUGGAUUUUUUUUUGUGCUGACGCCACCAUUGUUUGAGCCAUCCAUGUGAUCAAAAUCCACCUAUAACCAUUCACUUCAGUAGAACAUAUUUUCCUGCGUUGGUAGAAUUAUCUGCAGUACAUUGAAUUUCAAUAACUAGCACUGUAUUUCAUGCAUUUCUAAAUAGGACCACUAGUGUAGGAUUUUAGUCCUUGUGUUCUGUGGAUGCUGUUACUUGGUCCACUCUGUGUUUGGAGGGCCAACAAUGUCACUGUAUUGUUUCUUUGUUUCUUUGAUUGGUGAAGGGGCUUAGUUUUAAAUCAUGUUAAGUGGCUACCACUCCUCCGCAGUCACCUAAAUAAAUUUAAUAUUCAUACACUCUCAUCUUCUAUAACCGCUUUUCCUGUAGAGGGUCGCGGGAGGCUGGAGCGUAAUCCAGCUGAUAUUCAUACAUGAACUUUACAAAAUAAAUAGUCAUCGAUUUAAGAGAAGAUAAGAUUUCAACAAAAACUGUUCUUUUUAGAUUUACUGGGGUGAGCUGAAGUCUAAUCCAAACCUGUUUCUGUCAGUGGAUGACAUAGGCAAAUUUAAAAUGUAGUAAAGUACUAAUACAUUGUUAUGACGUAGUGUGUGUCAGUCUAGUUGUGAUGCAGUAAUUUCUUCUCUAUAGUGCCUUUCACUGACACAGCCUGGCUUGACCAAUGUGUUGACACACGGUGUAGAUAUACGGGACAUUAAUGUGAAAACAUCAUGUGAAUAUAUCAAGAAGGAAUGUAUUGUUAAUUCCUAAACAGAUCUUAAUGCUGAUCCACGCGUGCACAUGAAUUACUGAAUUAUUACCCAUGAUUGUAACAGCCGCUGCAUGUGUGAUCACAGUUAGCCUGCCCGCCUCGCUGUGUGUCUCUUUAUUUGAGCAAGCCAGUUGCUGUUGUAGUGGAGUUUGUAUCGUUUGUUUUCUCCCCAUUACGAACACCAUUCACCUGUGAUUUUUCUAUGAAUCCUUAACAAUCGGCAGCGGUGCCUCAGAGCAGACACAGAUAGUCUUUAGUGAAGUUUUUUGCUGUGGUAUUUUGUGAUUAUCAUGGCUCAGAAGCGGCGCUACUGCUUUUUUUUUUUUUUUUUUUUUUUUUUUUUUUUUGCCACUGUAGCACAACAAAAAGAAAAAAAUAACUUCUGAAUGUCUUUUUGUCGCCUUGAAGUUUUGUACUAGCCCUUUAAAUCUUUUAAAUAUGGUUAUAGAGAUUGCAUAGAGCCGCAGUUCAUGUAAAAUGUGUUACUUGUAAAAGCACCAUAUAGCUGCAAUACAGGACAGAGACUGUUGCUAACAGCCUAGCCUCAAGCUGAGAAUUAUUAAUAGUCUGUGAUGUCACAUAUCUAAUAAGUCUACAAACUGUGUGGUGGACGCAGGCUCAGAGCUUCGCCUUCUGCCUUCUUUUCCUGUAAUCUGUGAUAGACGAUAGAUGAGUUUCUCUUGAGACACAAAAGCAAGCGGAUAGUGUGUCUGGCAUAGAGUGAUAAUGCACAAAUAAACCCACUAAGCGAUAGAACAAGCUCGGAGAAAUAGCCAGCGAUGCCUUCAAAAUAGGAAAUUGUCCUUUGAAUGCAGUACUCACCCCCUGUGUACACUCCAGCAAAUGCUACAAACGUACUUUGAUGUCCCAAGGCGCACACUCACAGAACUUGCUGGGGCUGAUUUGAUGUGAAGGAGACUACAACGACACUAAAAUCCAGAAAACUGGGACUGCUCGCGUUUGAGAACGUAAUGGUCUCGCUACCCUUUAGUCCCAAUUGGACAGAUUCCUUGUAAACACAAUGUACUACAGCACAGCAUCCGAACCAGAAUGUAAACCUUGAUAAUCAUUGACUUAUUGGAUCCUGAAGUGCACUUCCCGGAUAAUGCUAGGGCAUCAAUCAGGGCGCUAACCAGUCCUGCCUUAUACUGUAUAUCCUCUUGAACAUUCCUGGGAGGAAAGCAAAUAACAAUGUCAUCAUCAGAAAAGACACGGUGAAACAAGCAGAGAUGUUUUGUAAUGAUCAUCUCAAUGGGAGAAGCACUUUCCUAUCCUGUACACAUCUUGAUUUAUUAAGCAUAUUUAGUCAAUUAUUUUUUGAUUAAGAUGAGUGAGAGACUCUUCCUUUUUUUAAUUUAAACAUUGUGUGUGUUUUUUUUUUUUUGUAGGACUCUUUUUUGUCAUCUGGCACUUGCGUUCUUCUGGAGUUGUGUAAAUAAUGUUUGAGGAGUCAAUUAAACUGUUUUCGUGGGA